UUGACAUUUUGAUAUACUCACGAUCACGAAUCAAAACAUUUCAAAAUUACUAAUAUUUUUGUUAAAAAAUCUCAAAGGAUUUUUAAUAUUAAUAUUUAAAUAUUAAAUUUUAAUAAAUAAUAUUUGAUAGAAAAAGUGAAACAUUUGCCAGUAUGGCAAUUUUUGAGUGGCGAAAAUUUAACUUUUUUGAUCUUCGGAAGGGCGUAGACAAUGACCAUGUAGCUCAAGCUCUGCAAGGAGCGCAGAUUACAUCUACCGCCAGUGGGAAUAAUUUGGUCGUGAUAUGUGAUUCGGAAGGCAUGAUUCACACCUUCAAUCGCUCCUGGGAAGCGAUCAGCUUCCGCGGACAUGAAGGGUCGAUUAUGCUAUGCGACGUCUCCAAGCAGACCAACAUGCUGGUCACGGUCGGAAACGACGGGAAUACACCGUCGUUCAAGGUUUGGAACAUGAGCAAGUUGAACCCUAUGACGCAGUGUAUGCGCACGGUGAGAACUAUCUUGGCCAUGCCAACGGCACUAUCCGUUUCCGAGGGCGGUCAGUUCAUGGCGAUUGGAUUUGCGAAGGGUGUAAUAUCACUGUACAGAGGGGAUAUCAGCCGAGAUAGGUCUAAGACGCUAAAACAACUAACGGCUGGUAGUACGGACAUAACUGGGAUUGCGUUCAAGCAUUCCAACAAGCUAACACAAAUGUUCGUCUGUUCAGAUUCGGGAGUGUAUCUGUACAACUUACAAAGUCGGGACAAAGAGAUAAGAAUAAUUUUGGAUACAAUCAGCAAGCCGGUCGGAUGCUGUGCCCUACAGGUGGGACACAACGAAGGUCAGUUCAUGGUUGGGCGGGAUGAUGCAGUUUAUUGUUACACCUCGGAUGGACGUGGACCAUGUUACGCCUUGGAAGGCAAAAAAACUCUUCUUCAGUGGUUCCGAUCGCACUUAUUGAUUGUAUCGCGCAACAGUCGUACGAGUGGUGCUGGAUCCGGAGGAUUUAUUCUUACCGUAAUAGAUAUUCAGAACAAAUUCAUCGUGUUUACGUGCCCGAUUGAAGAUGUUGCUGCAAUACUUACUGAAUUUGGUUCAUGCUACAUACUUACGGAGAGUAAAUCAAUUUUUCAUUUGGACGAGAAAGAUCUUCAAAGCAAACUGAAUAUGCUAUUCAAGAAGAAUCUCUACGAUAUAGCGGUUCGGAUAGCCAAAAGCAACCAGUACGACGCUGAUGGGUUGGCAGGCAUAUUUAAACAGUACGGUGACCAUUUGUACAGCAAAGGAGAUUUUUCAGGAUCGGUUGACCAGUAUGUCAAAACCAUCGGAUUCUUGGAGCCGUCGUAUGUUAUAAGACGAUUUUUGGAUGCUCGUCACAUUCAUUACCUAACAGAUUAUCUGCAAGCUAUUCAUAAAUCUGGAAGAGCAACGGGCGACCAUACAACGCUAGUUUUGAACUGCUUCACCAGAUUGGAUCGUACCGAGCAAUUGAAAGAGUUUCUGGAAAACGAAAACAAGCUAAAUCUAUUCGAUGUUGAUGUUGCAAUAAAAGUGUGUCGUAAUGCUUCUGUGGAUCAAGCAAUGUCAUUGGCUAAAGCCCACAAGAAGCAUGACUUAUGUCUUAGCAUCUUGACUGAAGAUCUCGGCCGGUAUGAGGAAGCUCUCGGAUAUAUCAUGCAAUUAGAAUUUCAUGAGGCAGAAAAGAAUAUUAAGAAAUAUGGCAUUUUACUGAUGGAGCAUUGUCCGGAAAGAACGAUUCACUUGCUGAAAAAGCUCUGCACCGAUUACGUUCGUACGGACCUAGCGUCUAAUGCAAUGCAAAACCAUUUUGAUAAUCUUUCCACGCUUGACAGUUUUCUCAACCGGGAUGACGAACAUAGUAACUACUCUCGUGGAAACCCUGAAGAUUUUGUACAUCUCUUCUCAGACGAUGAACUUCUGAUAGAUUUCCUCGAGCAUCUCAUCAUGAACAUUCCAUCAUGCAGCAAGUUUGUGUACAACACUCUGAUCGAGCAUUAUCUUUACCGCUGGCGAGAAUCGCCGUCAGUUGAAGUCAAGUUGUUGGAUUUACUGAAGAGUGACGCCGACCGGUACGAUAAGAAUCACGUACUCAUACAGUGCCGUGUUUACCAGUUUUGGCCCGGCGUGAUGCAUCUGUACGAGGAAGACAAACUGCACCACCUGAUCAUUCGGCACUAUUUGAAGAACAGUGACUACGACAACCUGCUGGCCAGUUGCCGUAAACUAGGCCCAAACGAUGCUUCGUUGUGGUUGUUGGCAUUGAAUGGAUUGAAAAAUGAUCCGGGUGCGCCUCCCGUGCUGCUGUCGCAGAUAUUACAAGUGAUAGCUCAGGAAAAGCUUCAAGCCCCAUUGCAGAUACUCAACUGCUUGGAGAAUGGUCCAACACUGCUGCCAGUACGGGACUAUUUCAUGCAAGUCUUUCAAAAAGAACAGGAAUCAACUCAACACGAUGAGGAACUGGCCCGAAAGUACAGCGAAGAAUCCAUUGCCAUUAAGGCGCACAUCAAGCAUCUUCAGGAGGGAAACGUUGAAUUCCGUAAUACGGUCUGCGAUACCUGCAAGCAACCGCUUUCCUGGCCGGCUCUCUUUUUCCUUUGCAAGCAUUCCUAUCAUCAAGACUGCAUCCGUGGGUACUCCGAAACCGAACGCGACUGCCAGGUGUGUAACAAAAAUAACAUCCAAUUGAUGGACACGCUUCGAGCGCAGAGCGAAUCACGCAAUCAGCACGAUGCAUUCCACAAUUUACUGGAUCGAUCUUCGGAGCCAUUCUCCGUGGUGGCGGAAUACUUUGGGCGUGGUUUGUUCAACAAGCUCCUGAUUGUUGAAGAGGCAGCAGCGCAGCCAUCGGAGCCUGUCGUGCCCACGCAAUCCGAUUCACAGAUGCAUCACCUGACAAAGCAAACCGAUCAAAUUCACAUCAGCCAUAAUGCCGUAAUGCCCAUGAAACCACAGCCCAGCUAUGGACCCGGCGCUGAAGCAAGAAUGCGUCAAGAAGAAGGUCAGCGUACCCCCAUGCGUCCGGAAAUCCAAGAGAGCGAAAUGCGUUUACGGCUAAUGGAGCAGGAAAAAAUCCGCCAACGACAGCAAGCAUCCUUCCAAGCUCAGCAGCAACUUCGUUUGAGAGACGACCGUGCACGGCAAUCGCCCUACGGUAGCCCGAAGCCUCCUUCAGCGUUGUCUGGCUAUAUUUCACAAUCGCUGAAACAACCAUCGCCAGUACCGCCACCCGUUUCUGCUGGUAAAUCAGCGGCUAGUAAUCCUUUCGAUGACGAUGACGAUAUAACUGGCUACGAUAGCUCCAAAGACCCGUUCGCUGCUGAUGAACCCACACCAAAGAAACAACUGGCGGCUAAAGUGGAUGCUGGCAACCCCUUCAAUGAGUAUGACAGCAAUCUAGAUCCGUUCGCAGAGUAAAGAGCGCGUACAGCAGAUGUAUAUCUAUAAAUCGUGAUAUCCAAUUUUUUAUUCCAAUUAAGUUAUAUAUCAAAUAUUAUUACUAGAUGUUGCAACCCUCAUACUAAAAUAAAGUGGCAAAAUUAUCCAAUAUAUUUAUUUGAUAUAAAUUACCAAAAAAUAUAGAAAUUUGUAAUACGCUGGUAAGCAAUAAACCCGAUAUUAACAAUAAUAAAUCUUGUGUUCUGGCACCAUAAUUCAAGAA